CUUUUGUCUUUAAUUUGUUAAAAGGAAAAACCCCACUCUGACCCAGCCCUACCCUUGACAUUUCCAGGAAAUUUCUAUCCCCUUAACUCCCUCACUACGAAGAAGAAGAAAAAAGGAAGGAAAUUUUGAAUUCGGGUUUGGCACUAAGAUUUUUUCUGUACAUGAAGAAAUUCCUUAAAUAUCUUUGUGUUUCAGAGCUGAUUCUUCUUCUUUUAGAGGUGGGAUCAUAAGGAAAGCUACAGUUAUGAAUUAUCCACCAGAGAAGUUUGUGAGGUUCCAAGACUGGAAUUCAGAGAAAAGCGCUGAAGGACAUUAUUCUGAUAAUAAUGGGACAAAUUCGGGGAAAAUUAGAUUCGCAAUAAAUUCAUUUUCACAAAAGUUUCAAAGAAGGGUUGAAUCUGGUUCGGAGAGGAUUAAAGGGCUUAGAAAGUCAUUUAAAUCUUGUUCAUUUAACCAUGUUGUUGCUAAAGGCUUUGGUUCUAGUAAGAAAGUUCUUGAUCCCCAGGGGUCGUUCCUUCAAAGGUGGAACAAAAUAUUUGUAUUGUCAUGCAUAAUAGCAGUCUCAAUUGAUCCUUUGUUCUUUUACGUCCCAGUGAUUAAUGAUGAUAAGAAGUGCCUUGCUUUGGAUGAAAAGAUGGAGGCCACAGCCAGUGUGCUGCGUUCGUUCACAGAUAUCUUUUAUAUAAUCCAUAUUAUUUUUCAGUUUCGUACUGGGUUCAUUGCACCUUCUUCUCGCGUAUUUGGAAGAGGUGUUUUAGUUGAAGAUUCGUGGGCAAUAGCAAAGAGGUAUCUGCAAUCAUACUUUUUAAUCGACGUUCUAGCAGUUCUUCCCCUCCCUCAGGUGGUGAUUUUAAUUAUCAUACCACAAAUGAGAGGUUCAAAGUCUUUGAAUACAAAGAACUUGUUGAAAUUUGUUGUUCUCUUCCAAUAUCUGCCAAGGGUUUUUCGAAUAUAUCCACUAUAUAAGGAAGUUACAAGGACUUCGGGCAUACUAACUGAAACUGCAUGGGCUGGAGCUGCGUUCAAUCUCUUUCUUUACAUGCUAGCAAGCCAUGUUUUUGGAGCUUCUUGGUACUUAUUUUCCAUUGAAAGGGAAUACACAUGCUGGAAAGAUGCCUGUAGGAAGAACACUGGAUGCACCUCCCCUUCUUUUUAUUGUGAUGGUGGUUCUUCUUUUAGUACGUUGCUAAAUCAAUCAUGCCCUAUACAAACACCCAACACAACACUUUUCAAUUUUGGAAUAUUCCUUUAUGCCCUCCAAUCUGGUGUUGUGGAGUCGAAAGAUUUUCCAGAGAAAUUUUUUUACUGUUUUUGGUGGGGCCUGCAAAACCUAAGUUCUCUGGGUCAGAACCUUAAAACUAGUACCUAUGUCUUGGAAAUCUGCUUUGCAGUUUUCAUUUCAAUCUCGGGCUUGGUUCUUUUUUCAUUACUCAUUGGAAAUAUGCAGACAUAUUUGCAGUCCACGACUACCAGAUUGGAGGAGAUGAGAGUGAAAAGACGUGAUGCAGAACAAUGGAUGUCCCACCGCUUAUUACCAGAGAAUCUGAGGGAGCGGAUCAGACGAUACGAGCAGUAUAAGUGGCAAGAAACUAGAGGAGUUGAUGAAGAGAAUUUACUUUGUAAUCUACCCAAGGACCUUAGAAGGGAUAUAAAGCGCCAUCUUUGCUUGGCUCUGCUCAUGAGAGUGCCAAUGUUUGAAAAAAUGGAUGAACAAUUAUUGGAUGCAAUGUGUGACCGACUCAAGCCGGUUCUCUACACAGAGGAGAGCUACAUUGUUCGGGAGGGAGACCCGGUUGAUGAGAUGCUCUUCAUCAUGCGCGGCAAACUGUUGACUAUGACAACAAAUGGUGGAAGAACUGGCUUCUUUAAUUCUGAAUAUCUAGGGGCAGGAGACUUCUGUGGAGAGGAACUUCUCACAUGGGCACUAGAUCCCCAUUCUUCGUCAAACCUCCCUAUAUCUACUAGAACUGUCCGAGCCCUUACUGAAGUUGAAGCUUUUGCUCUGAUGUCUGAUGACUUGAAGUUUGUUGCCUCUCAGUUCCGCCGGCUUCAUAGUAAGCAGCUGCGCCACACUUUUAGGUUCUAUUCACAGCAGUGGAGGACUUGGGCAGCUUGUUUCAUACAAGCUGCUUGGCGCCGCUACAGCAAAAAGAAACUGGAAGAAUCGCUUAGAGAAGAGGAGACUAGAUUGCAAGAUGCUUUAGCCAAUGCUGGUGGGAGUUCACCAAGUUUGGGUGCCGCUAUUUAUGCCUCACGGUUUGCUGCCAAUGCACUUCGUGCUUUGCGCCGAAACCGUAGUCGUAAAGCAAGAGUGCCAGAGAGGGUACCACCUAUUUUGCUUCAGAAGCCAGCAGAGCCAGAUUUUACAGCUGAAGAACAAUAAGCACAGAUUAGGAAAUCUCGUCCCUCCACAAAACACGAAAAGUAUGUUGGUAGAAAGCUGCCAUUUGUUGAGUUUUGAGGUAUGUAUGCCAUGUAUAUGUAAAUCUUCAAUUUUUCUUCGUUUUGUUGUUCUGUUUUCAUCCACUACCAAUUUGUUUUAGUGCAGUUUUUAUGUAGUAUAUAUAUUUGAAACAGUAAGUGUAACAAAUUCAAAAGUUCUGCAAAAGGAUACUGCAUGGUAAAAUGGAGAACAAAGUCUUGCAGAGUAAUAUAAGGUUGAAAUAACUGCUUCGAUUUCACUUUUAUUACUUUUUUUGUUCUUUUGGUUUUAAAUUUCUACCGUAGUAUAUACCAUAGUCCAGAGAAAUAGCUAACGCAUUCGUCGUGACGAAGUAUGGAUCGCAUCUCUAAAAGACCCUCCAUUAUUUGAUUGUGAUGUUGGAGGCAUCUUUUCCUCCAUUAUUUACUGUCUAUUUCCCAAAUAGGAGUACGUCAGCUUUUAUGAAAAGUUAAAAAAUAACGAUUGGAAUUGCUACAUAUAUGCUUAGGAGACAGAGUCAUACAGGUUACUCGUGCUGGAUUGCAGGGUCACGAAGCAGCCUGACCUCCCCCUUAAUUACCUGCAAUGCGAAAAAAGCCAUGUGCAUCUGUCAGUAAAACUAAAAAAUUUUGAUUUCUACCAGGAGAAUUCGUAAGACUACCACAAUACUAAUAAUAUGCAUCUUGUUUGAUUUCAUUUUGCCAUCCGUAACUACAGAACAAGUCAUCUGCAUUUGUAGAGACAUGUUCUCAUAUUACAAAUUAUCUUUACUUCUGUUCUGAUAUAUUGCUAAUUCCAAGAGAUUGAAAUAUUAAGUUCUCAAAUCAGGGGAGGCUAAAUGAAAAAGACAAUAUAUGAAGUGUCAUUAAAAGACACCCGCUCUAAACCAGCGGAAAUAGGAUGGUUCGAGGUCCACAGUAGUUAGAGAAAGAAACUAUAGUAAAAAAGAUGCGACCUGCAGCUUCGGUCACAGAGAAAGCAAUCAUUCCAAGAUCUUAUUUCUUCAAAAAUUGAAACAAUGCCCCAUCACCCUUAGGUCCCCGCUUUAUU